AUGGGUUAUAAUAUUGCUAUGCUUUCUGAUUUUUUUUAUCCACAAUUGGGUGGUGUAGAGUUUCAUAUCUACCAUUUAUCUCAGAAACUGAUAAAUUUAGGACAUUCAGUUGUAGUGGUAACCCAUGCAUAUGGUACCGAUAGGAUUGGUGUUAGGUAUUUGACUAAUGGGUUAAAAGUGUACUAUGUUCCAUAUUUUGUUUUAACUCGAGAGACGACGUUUCCUAAUGUGUUUGGUACUUUUCCAUGGAUACGAAAUAUUUUGAUCAGAGAACAGAUUGAUAUUGUCCAUAGUCAUGGUAGUGCAUCUAGUUUCUCAUUAGAAGGUAUACUGCAUGCUAACAGUUUAGGUUUGAGGACUGUUUUCACGGAUCAUUCACUUUAUGGGUUUGGGAAUAUUACUUCUAUUUGGGUUAAUAAGUUGCUUACUUUUACUUUGACAAACACAGAUAGAGUCAUCUGUGUAUCGAAUACAUGUAAGGAUAACAUGAUCAUGCGUACCAAGACUGAUCCUAAACGGAUGUACGUUAUACCCAAUGCUGUAGUGGCCAGUGAUUUUACACCAUUGGAAGAUAAUGAUGACUGCAUUGUUAGAUCCAAAAAAAAGGGUAUUACCAUAGUUGUAAUAAGUAGGCUAUUUGCAAACAAGGGUUCAGAUCUUCUGACACACACUAUCCCAAUCGUUUGUGAGAACCAUACAGAUGUAAACUUCAUAAUUGCCGGAGAUGGGCCAAAAUAUGUGGAUUUCCAACAAAUGAUCGAAACUUAUAGAUUACAAGAUCGAGUACAAUUGUUAGGGUCAGUGCCUCAUGAAAAAGUAAGAGAUGUAAUGUGUCAAGGUGAUAUAUAUCUACAUGCAAGUUUAACAGAGGCGUUUGGUACAGUUCUUGUGGAGGCAGCCUCUUGUGGCUUGCUGAUUGUAACCACGGCAAUAGGCGGGAUACCUGAAGUGCUUCCUGAGGAUCUCAUCGUAUAUGCCGAUGAGAUAUCUGUGUCCAGUCUUGUAGAAGCAACUAACAAGGGUAUCAGUACCAUUAGAAGCAAUGAUUUUGAUAGAAGCUGGGUGCAUCAGGAAGUAGCUAACAUGUACGAUUGGAGCAAUGUUGCAGCGAGAACUGUGGAAGUUUAUGAUGGCAUAUUCGAAGAGGCAUUGCCAGAUGAUAAGGACUGGUUGACAAUGUUGAAGCGAUUCAAUAAGAGAGACGGUAUCUGGGCGAAACACUUGUACAUAUUAUGUGGGAUCGUAGAAUACCUAAUAGUAAUCUUUUUCGAUUGGUGGUACCCUCGAGAGGAUAUUGAACCAGCAGUGAAAUGGCCAACUACGAAACAACAACACCAUCAGCUACAUGGUCAAACCGGGAUCCAUUCGUACAACCAUAAAUAA